CCGGAGAUCCGAGAUCGCGGUGUCCAUAUUACAGAAAGAGGCAGGACGCAAUACUUUUCGCUGCACGAGAAGACGGGACAUUUAGUGACAGCGGCGAGGAUCGACAGAGAGCAGCUGUGCGAGACUGUGCAGCAAUGCGUGCUGAGCUGUGAGCUGGUAGUAGAGGGAGAAAUGAAGUUUUAUGAAAUAGAAGUGGAAAUUACGGACAUUAAUGACAACUCCCCCAGCUUCAGAGAGGCAGAAACAGAGCUGAGAAUGAUCGAAACGACAGCCCUGGGGUCGCGGUUUCCACUAGCCAGGUCUCACGACCCGGACUCGGGCCGGAAUUCCCUGCAGAGCUACGAGCUGAGCGGCGACGAGCACUUCUCGCUGGCCGUGCAGACGGGCCCCGGCGGCGAUCAGCGUCCCGAGCUGGUGCUGGCCAAGGCGCUGGACCGGGAGGAGGCGGCGUUUCACGAGCUGGUGCUGAGGGCGAGCGACGGCGGCGAUCCGGCACGGACGGGCACGGCUCGGAUCCGCGUGACGGUGCUGGACGCGAACGACAACGCGCCCGUGUUCAGCCAGGCGGAGUACACGGUGCGUGUGCCCGAGGACGUGCCCGUGGGCUCUGUCCUCGUCACUGUCACGGCCACGGACGCCGACGAGGGGCUGAACGGGCAGGUGACAUAUUCAUAUCAAAUGGUUUCUGUGAAAGCGUUAAAGAUAUUCGAUCUGGACGCUGAAACGGGAUCCAUCACGUUGAUGCGUAACUUAGAUUUCGAGGAAGGUACUGCCUACGAACUGGAGAUACAGGUUCGAGACGGUGGGGACCUUCCCGACAUAGCGAAAGUCGUGAUCAAUGUGACAGACAUCAACGACAACGCACCCGAGAUUUCCGUGAGGUCUGCAUUAAGCGAGGUUUCGGAUCGGCCCUUUCUCCUAAUACU